UUUCUAAUGCAAAAGACUUUGCUGAAAAUAUGAACUAUACUGGCAACAUGUCAAAGGUUCGUGACAAUCCAACAAAACAAUCGUCGACAAUCAACCAUCUCAACAAACGCAUCGAAAAUGGACAAAAGAUAAAAGGUUAUGAUUCGAACAGUCACACAACUAGAGCGCGCCAUGCAGGGACUGAUUUGGUUGCAGUCUUUGCCGCGCUGACCACCAACGCAGAACAUCUUGGCAAAGGCCAAAACCUGAAGUUUGAUCAUGUUAUCACCAACGAAGGCUCGGCAUAUAAUCAGCACUUGGGAGCUUUCGCUGCCCCAGUGUCCGGCUUCUACGUUAUCAUGUCCACACUUCUAUCACAACCUGGACACAGCGGGCAUUUCCAAGUGGUUCGCAAUGGAAAUGCUGUUUGUUAUAUGUACUUUGACGGAGUUGGUGGAAAUUUCGAUACAAGCGCAGGUAGCUUUGUAUUGCGUCUCAACAAGGGUGAUGUGAUUUCCAUACAAAAUGCGGAUCCUGGAGAGGCAGUCUGGGGAGGUUACUACUCAUACUUUUCUGGGUUUCUUCUGAAAGAGGUGGACCCAGAAAUUUUAGUUGUUGGAUAA